CCUGCCGCGCGCUCGGCCAUUUCCGCUCCUCCAUCUGUGCGGCUUUCCCUCUAGUCUGAGGUCGUCUGCUGUUGAAGAGUGGCGAACCAGCGGGACCGCAGCCAUGACUGAGGCUGAUGUAAAUCCGAAGGCCUAUCCCCUUGCAGAUGCCCACCUCACCAAGAAACUACUGGAUCUUGUUCAGCAGUCAUGUAACUACAAGCAGCUUCGGAAAGGAGCCAAUGAGGCCACCAAAACCCUUAACAGAGGCAUCUCUGAGUUCAUUGUGAUGGCCGCAGAUGCUGAACCUCUAGAGAUCAUCCUGCACCUCCCACUGCUGUGUGAAGACAAGAAUGUGCCCUAUGUGUUUGUGCGUUCCAAGCAGGCCCUGGGGCGGGCCUGUGGGGUCUCCAGGCCUGUCAUUGCCUGUUCCGUCACCAUCAAAGAAGGCUCUCAACUGAAGCAGCAGAUCCAGUCCAUUCAGCAGUCCAUUGAAAGGCUCCUAGUCUAAGCCUAUGGCCUCUGCCCUGCUCUCCCCACCAGCCCCACUACCAGUUUGUGUAUCAUAUUGUCUGUCUUAGCAUGUGGUCAGCGACUUUCUAUUAUAAAAUAUUGUACUAAAUCUG